AUCCGAACCGAACCAAACCGAACCGAACCGAAAAUAGGUCAAGUACUAAAUGGAUCCUCUAGCCCCUAUCCGAACUACCCGAAACCCGAAAUACCCGAACUGAACUGAUGCCCGAAAUGCCCCGGCCUACUUCCAAGUAUUGAACCCUUACCUCCACAAGCUUACCUGAAACUAUUUCCCUCUCACUUACUCUCAUGUUCGGAGUCACGACAAGACUGGAUGCUCAAAUGGGUACCACAACCACGCCAACCACCAUAUACGUGGACCCACCUCCCCAAGCCCAGCCGAGUCACAGCUCGGAACACCGUUCAAUAGAAACACUCGUUGUCGUGUUAGCCGUCAUCACCAUUUUAUCCGUUUUAGCCAGCAUCUUCGCUCGGCUCUGCGGCGGCCGUCAUUUAUCUAACGCCGGAGACCACGACAUCGAAUGUUGGGUCGAGAGAAAGUCCCGUAGCUGCAUUGAUGCUGGAGCCCCCACGGUCGCCGCACCUCCUCCUCCAGCGGCAGCAACAGUGGAGGAGCAAAGCAAGAAGUGAAGUAAGAAAAUGGGUAAAGCUAUAUUCUUCGAUUAAUCUCUUAACAUUAUGUAAUCUCAUUAACUUUUAAGAUGUCAAUUUGUAUGUACCUUAUUCUACGAACAUUGAUUUCGGAUUUUUCUCUAAUGUUUAAUGAUAAAUAUUUGAAAAACACACAAAAAAAAAAGCAAAAGUUCUUGUCAACUUUUAUGUUUAAAU